ACGAGGGCUGCUUCCUGGGAGGAAGGACGGAAGAGCCCCAACUGCUUCCCGCCGCACAGGACAUUUGGGUCCUCAUCUCCCACCUGUUCGACUCCCCAAGAUGUCAACCUCAGUCCCUCAAGGCCAUACCUGGACCCGACAGGUGAAGAAAGAGGAUGAGGAAGAGGACCCGCUGGACCAGCUAAUCUCCCGCUCUGGCUGUGCUGCCUUCCAUUUUGCAGUACAGGAGUGCAUGGCCCAGCACCAGGACUGGCGGCAGUGCCAGCCACAGGUGCAGGCCUUCAAGGAUUGCAUGAGUGAACAGCAGGCAAGGCGGCGGGAGGAGCUGCAGAGGAGGAAAAAGCAAGCCAAUUCCCAUUGCUGAGACCCCAAACCACCUGUUCUCAAAGGAUGGCCCUGCAGGAACCAGCACCCAGAGAAAUCAUGGGAGGAAGAAAUCCGAAAUGGUGGAAGUGGGGGCCAGUAGGUAUAAGACUUGGGGAUAGUCUUUGGGUCUGGGGUUGAGAGCCAGAUACCAUGGAAUUGGACAUGACUCCCACAAAGAGCUGAUAUAUUUUCAUGGUCAGAUCCCACACAUCCUUACCUAUUUUGUUCUACCAGUAUUUGCCAUGUUAAACAAAGAAUAGGGUAAGGGAUGCUCCUGGACCCCACAACGUGGGUCAUUGUGCCAAAUGCUGAGAUGAUUACAGAGAAAUUUAUUUUUAUUUUUUUUGCCACUUUAAUGUGAUGCCCAUUGUCUUUAAUUAGCUGUGUACAGAGAAAUUUUAAAAGUAAAUUUGCAAUCUAAAGGUAAUUGGUUAGCAAAUCAGGUUUGCAUUUAUUCAGUCACAGGUUCAACAACAGCAAAUAUUUCUGAGGCAUUGUGUUUGAAACUGAUGUGAUGAGUAAUGUGAUCUCUGCCUUCAUGUUGGUGAGAGUCUAGUUUGAGAGGUGGAAAUAAAACAACACUGGAACAACUAA